AUUAGGAGCAGAUAAAGGAGGGAGCCAGGAGGUGUGGGGGUAGGCAUGCCAGUGGGUGGGUAGUGGAAUUCGAGCGGGAAUUGGGAGAAGGGUGUCCCAGAGUCUCGUAGAGCUACAGGAAGGCGAGGGUCCGUCUAGGUUCCCCAGGGCGGCCGCAGUUGACCCCAAGGCCCGAGAGCUAAGAGGAAUUCGACACCGCCCCCGCUGGCGCUGGGAAGCGUCGCUCCUCGCUGACCUUGUCUCGCCUGUCGUCUCGCCCUUGGCCACAGUUACAGACAGACGCAGAGCCCGGUAGAAGGACAGAUAGGCCAUUGGACAGAUGGAGAUCUAGGACACAGACACACAAACUGCCCCAGCCUCUCCAGCUGGCUCCAGGAUACUUUGACCUCCCCCACCUCAACGCCGGGGCCGUCCAGCCCAGGGUUAAUGCCAACGAGUUUCCACCUCCAGCCACUCCUAGAGAGGCUGCAGCUAGAGAGGCUGCAGCGCUAGCCAACGGGGGGAACUGGCCGCGGACGGACACUUCCUGUGUUGGGGGAGGGGGUUGACUGCUGCAUCCCAGCCCUGGGCUGGGGGCCUGACGGCGGGGUCUCAGAUGGGGAGUGGUGUCUGGGGACGGCAGGGCGAGUCGUGAAGCUGCCCCAUCUCCGAGGCUACAACGAGUGGGGGCUUGUGAGGGCCCCAAGGCAAGCUGGGACCUUGUGAGUGGGGGAGGGGAGGGGCCCGGCCGGCAGGAGAGGCCCAGGGUCAAGACGUCCGGCCUUGGGGGCUGGGGCUAGGCGGCCGGGUCUCCUGGGUGACGCUGAGUGGGCCGGCGUCCAGGGCCUGGGUCUCAGGGCACUCAGGACGGGUCUCAGGAUCGUCCGCCAUUGCUGCCGCCACCACUGCACUGGGAGUCAGCGGGGAUGGAACAGGAGGCGUCGCAGUGGGGCCUCGAGCCGCGGGAUGUGCAAAAUCUUGACGAAAUGGGGUCCGAAGAGUCCCUCAAAGGCAACAUGCAUGAGAAUAAUGAGGAAGAGGAAAUUUCUCAGCAAGAAGGCACUGGGGACUAUGAGGUCGAAGAGAUUCCUUUUGGGCUUGAACCCCAGAGCCCUGGGUUUGAGCCACAAAGCCCAGAGUUUGAGUCUGAAAGUCCAGAUUUUGAGUCCCAGAGUUCUGGGUUAGUGCCCCCAAGCCCUGAAUUUGCACCCAGAAGCCCUGAGUCAGAUUCUCAGAGCCCUGAGUUUGAACCACAAAGCCCUAGGUAUGAGCCUCAAAGUCCUGGGUAUGAAUCCCAGAGCCCAGGGUAUGGACCCCAAAACCCUGAGUUCAAAACCCAAAGCCCUGAAUUUGAAGCUCAGAAUUCUAAAUUCCAGGAAGGUACAGAGAUGCUUCUCAAUACUGAGAAAAAGAAUUCCCUGAGCAUCCCCUUGGGAGUCCAUCCCUUGGACUCCUUCACCCAGGGGUUUGGGGAACAGCCCACAGGGGACCUUCCCAUAGGGCCACCUUUCGAGAUGCCCACAGGGGCCCUGUUGGCUACACCACAGUUUGAGAUGCUCCAGAAUCCCCUGGGCCUGACAGGGACUCUGCGAGGUCCAGGCCGCAGGGGUGGCCGGGCCAGGGGUGGGCAGGGCCCUCGGCCUAACAUCUGUGGCAUCUGUGGGAAGAGCUUUGGCCGGGGCUCCACCCUUAUCCAGCACCAGCGCAUCCAUACGGGUGAAAAGCCCUAUAAAUGUGAGGUCUGUAGCAAGGCCUUCUCCCAGAGCUCUGACCUCAUCAAACACCAGCGUACCCACACAGGAGAGCGGCCCUACAAGUGUCCCCGUUGUGGCAAGGCCUUCGCUGACAGCUCUUACCUGCUUCGCCACCAGCGCACUCACUCUGGUCAGAAGCCCUACAAGUGCCCACACUGUGGCAAGGCCUUCGGAGACAGCUCCUACCUCUUGCGGCACCAGCGCACUCACAGCCAUGAGCGGCCCUACAGCUGCCCCGAGUGCGGCAAAUGCUACAGCCAGAACUCAUCCCUGCGUAGUCACCAGAGAGUGCACACUGGGCAGAGGCCUUUCAGCUGUGGCAUCUGUGGCAAGAGCUUCUCCCAGCGAUCGGCACUUAUACCCCAUGCCCGCAGCCAUGCCCGUGAGAAGCCUUUCAAGUGCCCUGAGUGCGGCAAGCGCUUUGGUCAGAGCUCUGUGCUGGCCAUUCAUGCACGCACCCACCUGCCGGGCCGUACCUACAGCUGCCCAGAUUGUGGCAAGACCUUCAAUCGCUCUUCUACGCUGAUUCAGCACCAGCGUUCUCACACAGGCGAGAGGCCCUAUAGAUGUGCUGUGUGUGGCAAGGGCUUCUGCCGGUCUUCAACGCUGCUGCAGCAUCACCGAGUCCACAGUGGGGAGCGGCCCUACAAGUGCGAUGACUGUGGAAAAGCCUUCUCACAGAGCUCCGACCUCAUCCGCCACCAGCGGACCCACGCUGCUGGCCGUCGCUGAUCUGGGGCCCUGUCAGGGGCAGGCCUGUGGUGGUUGGAAGAGGUGGGGACAGGGAGCUAGACGAAUCUUUAGAAUAGUGGAAAAGCUGGAGGAGAAAAGAGGAGUUGAGGAUUCUAGGAGGAGAGGGGCUAGGGUGGAGGAAGUUUCGUGCCCUGGAGACUUAAGGGAAAUGGGUAAUGGAAAGGGGUUGGAGGGAGGCCAAAUAGGCAGCAGGAGGCUCUGGGAGAAUCCAGAAAGAGGUCAACAGAGAGCUGGCCUCAGCAGUAGCCUGCUCCUUGGUGGAUGCCUGCUUGGCAAAGUGCUGGAGGGGGGAGGGGGGAGGGGAGGGCUUCUUAAGAGUGGGUUAGCUUAGAUCAGUAGCUGCUGAGACCCUUGUUGAGUCAGGAAGGGGUUAGGGUAGGUGGGGUGAGGAGUAAAGCCCAGAGUGGGGCCUGGGCCUCAGUGCAAACCCAGCCUCCCUUGUCUUCCUCAGGCUUUUUGAACCCCUGAAUUUGAGUUCAAUAAAAACCUUUAUGUGCUAA